CCCAGGAGGGGAAAAAAGCGGGAACAAUGGCUUUCGGGACAGAGGGACGCGAACACCCAAUGCCGCAGCGACUGGCAGGGUCGCGAUGCAGGAGGACGAAGUCGGAGAAGGGGCACUUCGGCCUCCCUGCGGGCGGGAGCUAGGCCGCUGGAAAGUCCGCUCGCCUCUCGCCCCAAGGGAUGAUCCCCUGGGCCUUUUGUACCACUCGCUACGGAAAAUGGUCACAGGCUUUUCUCCCCAAACCGAACACUAUUGGAAACACAGGGCCCCUGGAAGCCGCCACGUUGGCCAUUGGCGGUGGCGCACCCACCCCCGUGCUACUGCGCGUGCGCAGCGCUGCGACACACUCCGACCCCAUCCCGCGUUCCCAGGGGGCGGUGGGAAACGGAAGUGCUCGGCUGACCCGGGCGGGCGGUUCCUAGUUCGCAGUAGCUGUUGUCGUCGGUCUCUGAGGUUUCAGGCUCUUGGCGGUGAAGGUCAGAGUGCAGACCUGAGACCACUGCUACACCGACUUCAGACUCCAGUUUAUCUGUGCCCCGGCUUCCUCACUUAGUCUCAGAAGACUUAGGCUUUGGCUCCAGGAGGAGAUCUCCAUCCUUUGUCCAGAACAGAACAGGAUGGCCAUGUCCCAGGAAUCAUUGACCUUCAAGGACGUGUUUGUGGACUUCACCCUGGAGGAGUGGCAGCAACUGGACUCUGCCCAGAAGAACCUCUACAGGGAUGUCAUGCUUGAGAACUACAGCCACCUGGUGUCCGUGGGGUAUCUAGUUGCGAAGCCAGAUGUGAUCUUCAGGUUGGGACCAGGAGAAGAGUCCUGGAUGGCAGAUGGAGGGACCCCGGUACGGACCUGUGCAGGUGAGGACAGGCCAGAUGUAUCCAUUUUUGCCUCAUGUAUUUUGAAGUGCUGUUAUUAGAAGUCUGGCAAGUUGAUGAGCAGAUAGAUUGCUACAAGGAAAGCCAAGACAAACUUCUGUGGCAAGCUGCAUUCAUAGGCAAGGAAACACUGAAGGAUGAAAGUGGUCAAGAAUCCAGAACAUGUAGAAAAAGCAUUUAUCUGAGCACAGAAUUUGAUUCUGUAAGACAAAGACUCCCUAAAUAUUAUUCAUGGGAAAAGGCAUUCAAAAUAUAAUUUAAACUUUCUUAGUCAAAAUAGAAGCUAUGUAAGAAGGAAAGAUGAUGGAUGUAAGGCAUAUUGGAAAGCAUGCCUCCAUUCUAAUCUUCAUAAAGCUCGACCUGCAGAGAGAUUUUUUGACCCUAAUCAACGAGGGAAAGCCCUCCACCAAAAGCGAGCCCUUAGAAAAAGUCAGAGAAGUCAAACUGGGGAGAAACUCUACAAAUGUACUGAAUGUGGAAAAGUGUUUAUCCAGAAAGCAAACUUAGUUGUACAUCAAAGAACUCACACUGGAGAGAAACCUUAUGAAUGCUGUGAAUGUGCAAAAGCCUUCAGCCAGAAGUCAACCCUCGUAGCACACCAGAGAACUCACACAGGGGAGAAGCCCUAUGAAUGCAGUGAAUGUGGAAAAACCUUUAUCCAGAAGGCACCACUUAUUAAACAUAAGAAAAUUCAUAUGGAGAGAGACCCUAUAAAUGCAGUGUCUGUGAGAAAGCCUUUAGUGGGAAGUCAACUCUCAUUAAACAUCAGAUCAUUCAUAUGGGAGAAACCUUACAAAUGUAAUAAAUGUGGGAAAUCUUUUAGUGUUAAAUCAACUCUCAUUGUAUGUCACAGAACAUAAAUGCGUAAGCUGCAUGCUAUUGUGAGUAGUGUGAUGAAAUUUUACAUUGUCCUGCUGUUUCCUGCUCAGGAUGCAAAUCAGUGAACCCUUUUUUUUUUUUUUUCUUUUUUUUUUGAGACAGUCUUGCUCUGUCAUCCAGACUGGAGUGCAGUGGCACAAUCUUGGCUCACUGCAACCUCCACCUCCCGAGUUCAACCGAUUCUCCUGCCUCAGCCUCCCAAAUAGCUGGGAUUACAGGUGCAUGCCACCAUACCCAGCUAAUUUUGUAUUUUUAGUAGAGACAGGGUUUCACCAUGUUGGCCAGCCUGGUCUUGAACUCCUGACCUCAAGUGAUCUGCCUGCCUCAGCCUCCCAAAAUGCUGGAAUUACAGGCGUGAGCCACUGCACCCGGCCUGAAUCAUCAUCUUGUCCAGUAUUAUAUCCAUGCUGUAUAUGCUACCUGCCCAUUAGUCCCUUAGCUGUCUCAGUUGUCAGAUUGACUGUCAUGGGAUUGCAGUGCUUGCAUUAAAGCUACCCUUACUGUAUAAUGACCCCAAAGUGCAAGAGUAGUGAUGUUGGCAAUUUGCAUACGCCAAAAAUAAGUUAUAAAGUGCUUCCUUAAAGUGAAAUGGUUAAAGUUCUUGACUUAAUAAAGAAACAAAAUGUAUGCUGAGGUUGUUAAGAUUUAUAGUAAGAAUGAAUCUUCUAUCCAGGAAAUUGUGAAGAAGGAAAAAGAAACUUGUGCUAGUUUUGUUGUCACAUCUCGAACUGCAAAAGUUAUGGCCACAGUGCAUGAUAAAUGCUAAGAUGAAAAAGACAUUAAAUUUGUGGGUGGAAGGCAUGAAUAGAAAUGGGUUCUGACAGCCAUCAGGUUCGGUACUAUUCACAGUUUCAGGCAUCCGCUAGGGAUCUUGGAACAUAUCCCCCAUGGAUAAGGGAGGACUACUGUACAUUGUCAUAUUGUGCAUCAAAGAAUUCAUUGAGUGUAAUCAUGUAAAUCUAAUAUACAUUUUUUUUAAAAAGCCCUCAGAUAUCAUUUAGCCUUUGGUAGAUGUAAGAAAACUCAAAAGUUACUCAAAUCAUUCAAUAAAUGAUUAUUUAUUUAUUUA